AUGGCGUCCAAAGCCUCGCUUCUCCGACGCUUCCGUGAGUCCGAGAAUGAGGCCGCCGACGAGUUUGCCCUGGAUUUCGGCGAGUUGGCCCACAUCAAUCUCCAUCCCAAAUCCAGUCUGUCGGAACGGACUUCUGAAAACGACAUAUCCUCGGGAUUUGAGAAGCUGCCAGUGAAGGGAAGGAAACCGCUUUUUCUACACAACUUGCCUGUCGAGUUUGGGCCGUUCGAGAGAACUUCUCCUACAAAAGGCAUGGAGCUGAUUCCAGAGACUCCAGGUGAAACACAGUUUGAUUUCAGCAAACAGCUCAGGCCAAGCGGGCCAAUGACGCCGAUGGAACAGCAGGAUGCUCCCCGAAACCACCACAGAAAAACAUCCGUCAAACUAUCGCUAACUCCAGCACAACGAAUGGGAAAGACCCCAGGCCUACGAACAAGCAACGCGUUGGACAACUUUAAGUUUUACGAGAAGGUAGGCAGAGGAGCCCAUGCUGACGUCUACAGAGGACGGAACUUGCGGACCAACCAGGUCGUGGCCAUCAAGCAGAUUCCGUUGGAGAAGGACCACGACUUGCGUGCGUUGAUGGGAGAAAUCGACCUUCUCAAGAUCUUGAAGCACGAGAACAUCGUCAAGUACCAUGGAUUCGUGAAAACGCUGAACUCCUUGAACGUGUUUUUGGAGUACUGCGCUGGCGGGUCCUUGAGGCAGUUGUACAAGAAACAGGGCCACGGCUUUCUGGAUUCCCAGAUCGUGCUGUACGUGAGACCCAUUCUUCACGGUCUAGGCUACCUCCAUGCCCAGGGUGUGGUGCAUCGUGACGUGAAGGCUGCCAAUGUGCUUUUGACCGAAUCUGGCGAGGUGAAGCUCGCCGAUUUUGGUGUUGCAACCAAGGUCGCUACGCUGCACAAUACGGUCGUGGGAACUCCCAACUGGAUGGCUCCAGAAACGGUUCUUGGAGGCGAGGGUAUCUGUACGGCGUCGGACGUGUGGUCCUUGGGUGCUACCAUUAUAGAGCUCUUCACCACUAAUCCCCCCUACCACGAGCUCAACCCCAUGGCCACAUUACAUGCCAUAGGUACAGACGACCAUCCGCCUCUUCCGCCGGGUCUCACACCACUUGCAAAGGAUUUUCUACUAGAAUGCUUCCAGAAACAGCCAACGCUUCGAAUCUCGUCCAAAUUGCUCUUGAAGCACCGCUGGAUGGAGGAUGGCGAUACUCAAGGAAGCAAACACGAGGUUUCUGCUCGUCCUUCCCGUGAGACCUUCCAUCUGGAGGAAAGUCCCACCCCUUCAAAGGUCAAUAGUACUGCUGGCAGUCCGUCCCGGGAAAGGUACACAAGAAAUGAGUUACUCAGCAAGUUUACAGAAAACGAGGAUGACAUGGACUUUUUGAAGGUCGGAAACGCAUCUUUAAGCUUGAAGGUCCAGGAGAAGCUACAGGAGGAGUCUUCGAAGGAUCCGUCGGAAGAGAAUGAUCCCUUCUUAGAGUUACUCGUUGAGAAUUUCGACACCGACGAGCUUGAAGUCCAGAGUAAAAUGGAGCUUCUUUGCCAUAAACUCAUAUCACGAGUGGACAACUGCCAUUAUGGGCAUGAGGAUACGGCAAAAUCUCUCCUCAAAAUCACUGGACGCAUGCUUCAGCUUGUCAAGAAAUACAGCAUUCUGCACGAAACACUCAUCAAAAACCAUGGUGUCUUGACUCUCCUUGAGCUUCUUGAAAAUGCCCCAGAAAUGCCCGAUCUGAGUCGCCUCUGGUUUCAUGUUCUUGCAACUCUCAAUCAUAUUUUCGAUGGCAAUCUGGCGCAGUUGGAGAAUUUCGCUCUUCUAGGCGGUAUUCCAAUGAUGACGCAAUUCACAAAGCUUUCAUAUGGUCUCCAGCCUAGGCUACAAGUUGUCAGAUUUAUCAAAAUCAUUCGCAAGUCAGACAAGGCAUUGACCAUGUUUGUCUCGUCGGGCGGUCUCAGAAUAUUGUCCCGAUUCUUAGAGGAAGAUUUUGAUCAGACCCCCGACUUUCCACUCGUUUCCAUCCAUUGCAUACACGAGAUCCUUUCCAAAGGUAUAACUCGUUUCAAAUCAGACAUGUGCCGUAUAUUGUCGAAGUACGGGGUUGUGUUCUGGUUCGUGGUUCUUCUCAACAGGCUCACGAAGUACAAGAAGAUGCCAGAAAACUUAGUGCCUCAAGAGUACGUUGAGGUGACGAUUGACAAAAUUCUUGACGUUCUCAAAUACUUCGGCCAAGCAGAACCAAGAGUGAGAAUUAACAUUGUCAGCUCGGAUUUGGUGAAGCUCCUCAUCAAGGUGUAUCCGUCAGUUCAUCUCCAGCGCCAGAUGGUCAUUCUCAAAUUCUUUCGGUCAAUCAGUUGCAUUUCAGAGCUUCUUCGUCUGUUGCAUACAGCCGACAUUUUGGAGUUCUACGUUUCCGUCUUGAAUGACCAUCCAGCUUACAGUGCUCACUACAAAGAAGUGCUCAACAUUGUAUGUCCCUCGCUCUACAAUUGUUGCUAUUUGAACCAUGGCAAAGAGCUCGAGUUGGUGAAGCUCGGUGCAGUUCCCAUCUACAAAGAGCUCUCCAAGAUCAAUCUUCCUUUCCGGCAAUUCGUGUUACCCAUCUUGUGUGAGUUUGUCUACUGCGACAACUACGUACGCCAGAUGCUUUACAAGCAUAACAUUCUCAACGUCUACCUCAAUCUUCUCGUUGAUCCAUACUGGCAUUCGAAUGCGAUGGACUCCAUCCUUCACUGGUCAUUGCAGGAUACUUCACUCCGUUGGCUAGAGGAACCUCAUGCUCGCGAAUGUCUCUUGAACGGCUUUAUGCUCUCAAAGGUUUCGAACCUCGAGGCUGCGCUUAACAACUACCUCCAUCUUGUGGCAUCAAGCACUGUGGUGCUCAGAUUGAUGACUCGUGAUUUAAUUGUUUCCCAGAUCCUUACCAAACUUACAGUCUACAACAGGAACGCAGUCGUCAAAUUAUCGCUCCUCAGAAUCCUUCAUUACAUCAUGUCUAAUGCCACCAGGUACGGAGGAAUCACCAUAACGGCUUCCAUACAACCAACUCUCGAUGCUGUUACUGCUAAGGAAACUUCUGUGUUGAUUCAAGAAUUGGUUGCAAAAAUCACGGCCCUACUAGAGCAGCUGAACCCAGAGAUCUGGUCUCUAGGCUUGAACUUGCUAAUCUUCCGUCUCACGACUUUGAAGUCAGGCUCAUCGUAUGGUCUCAAAUUGCAAAAUUUGAAACUCACGAAUUCGAGAACAGGCAAGAUAAUUGGAAGUCAAGCUCGUUAUCUCCUCCUAGCAGUCAUUAUCGGCGACUUCCUCUACAAAAAAGCCGAGUCAUACUUGUAUUCCGUCGACGAGAAUAUAAGGCAGUCCAGGGAGACUUUGAUUGAAAAAGCAAAGACCUUCUUGAUUAAGAACAAAUCUCGCAUCCUUGGGCGUAUCGAUGACGGUGUGAAGAUUCUCAACUUGAUAAACUUCAUCUUGUUUCUCGUGCAAGGUAGAUUCCCAACCUUGAUGCAUAGAAUCUUGGGCAUUUCGCUCACACCAGUUGUUGCUGACUUGUUGAAGUUCAAUGGUGACAAUGUGAACUUCGAAUUCCAGAACCGUCAAUUAGUCUGGAAUGUUAUGACGGAGUUCUUGGUCUUCACCCUCCCAUUACUCCAACUCAGAAAAUGGCGCAGAAUACUUUCAAAGCUUCUUCCAUUCAAUAAGAACAAGAGCUCAACGCCCCUUGUAACUGCCUCCCCAGUUCAGACAAAAUACACCAACCUCCCAAGGUCACAGUGUGCUAUUUGCAUGGAAUUUGCCCAAGCUAGUGGCAUCAAAGCAGCAUCUACGUACGUGACAAACGCUUGCAUUACUAACUGCGGGCAUAUAUUUUGCUAUGUGUGUUUGGCAGUUCGUUUCAAUGCUAUAGAAAAUGGCAGCGAGGAGGCUGAAGGUUGUCCAAGGUGUAGAAUGAAGCUCACCUCGUUCAGACUUUACGGAUCCGAAAGCGCUGAUGUUGAUGAAGAUGCAAUUGUUGUUCCCUAUGAGGAGAACGAGGAGGAUGAACUGGACGACGAGGUUGUCGAGGAGGAGAAGACCGAAAACCAGCGGAAUGAAGAUAACGAGGAUGACAUCGGAUCUAGCCUGGAUGAAGAGUCCAGUGAGGAGGAUUUCAGCGAUAAUGAGGAUCUUGCAGAGGAAGUCGACGAUUUCGAGGAAGAUGACUUCGAUGAGGCCAUGGAUUUUUAA